AUAUAUAUCAUUGUCAUCCCACGUUAACAAAGAGAAGGAAGAAGGAAGAAUAAGGGGAUGAGAGAGAAUGGGCAGCUUAGAAAGUGCAGGGUUGUAAAAGUUGACUCUGAAGAAAUAUGGGACUUCUUUAUAACUCUAGCUAGAAAUCAAGACUACCCGGUGGUAGUACAUUUUACUGCUUCAUGGUGCAUGCCCUCUGUUGCCAUGAAUCCAGUCUUUGAAGAACUGGCCUUAAGCUACCAAGAUAUUGUGUUUAUGUUAGUGGAUGUGGAUGAGGUCAAGGAGAUAGCCUCAAAGAUGGACAUAAAGGCCAUGCCCACCUUUUUGCUGAUGAGGGAAGGAGCUCAGGUUGAUAGGCUUGUGGGUGCUAAUCCGGAUGAGAUGAGGAGAAGGAUCGAUGGUUUUAUUCACUCUCUGCGUUGAUCGAUUUGAUAUGAUAUUAUUAGUCAAUAUUAAGUUGUCAAAUGUAAUAUAUGAUAGGAUAUUAAACCAAUAUUUAGUUUUCAAAUGUAAUAUUAAUUCACAUUAAGUUCCGUUUGUUUGGAUGUAAAAUAUUUUUUUUAUUUGAUGGUGUUUGAUUGUCGUAAAA